AGAAUUCAACUCUGACUUCCAACUCCUGAGGUUCUUCCAGAACUUUUGUGCAAACAUGGGCAAAUACAUCACCGACAUUCAAGUGUCUCUUAAUGACGCCGAGGAAGCAGACCUGCAAAGCCAAGGCUUUAGUAAAAUUGAUGUGAAUCUGCAUUCAGAGUGUUGUCCACAACGUGAGGUAUACAUCUGGUACAGAAAGCUGCCUGAUGUCGCCGGCAUCACCAGGAUGCAGGUUAGCUUUACAGAUGGGAUGUCGGCAGAACCUGACCAAUGCAGGGUUCAACAAGGUUGACAAAAACCUUGGAGGAAACGUUUUCCUCUGGUACCUCGUCGGCAAAACUAAGUAUGACAUACCCAUCAUCAGUCUUUCGGUCUCCACCGACGCUGAUAAUGAGGCACUAAAGAUGAAACUCGGCAUGGAGAGAGUUGGUCACAAUCUGAGUCGGGGCUGUAAAGGCUGGCGAUACCUCUGGAUGGAAAGAGAGAUGCCGACCUACAUUUGUGAUGUCGCUGCCACCAACUACAUUGGCCCAGCUUUGCAACAUUACCUUAAAGGCUGGAUCUGCAUUGAUGAAACUACCAAUACACUGCCAAAGGGAAGCACUACCUUCCUGUGGUAUUGUCACACCACUGAUGCCAAGGAGGCAAUCACUGAUCUGAAGAUCUCCCACAAGAGCAGCGACCUCGUGAUGCAGGGGUACACCUGUGUGGAUGUGAACCUGAACGAGGAUUCAGCAGGGAAAAAUGUCUUCGUGUGGUUCAAGAAAGAAAGUGGCAGACCCCCAGUGAAAAGCAUGCUGCUUCUUGUCAAUCAUGAUGCCAUUCACCGUUUUCAGAGUGCUGGGAUCAAUGUGAUUAAAACAAACAUCAAUGAUGGAAACGACGGCUAUCAGCGUUGCCUGUGUUUUAUCAACCAACAAUAAGUCUCAGUUUAAAGAAAGCUUUUGGUUUAAUCAGUCCUAAUCAGAUAUCUGGGUGGUGGUUUUAACAUACAUGUCAUCUUAAUGAUUCAGCAACAUGCUACAUUUAACAAUAAACAUGUUAUAAGUACAACAUGUAACAAUUACAGAAACUUUAAAUAAAU